UGUUUGGGAGUGUGGGUGUCGGUCUGGGGGUGGGGAAGGGGGUCUUGGGGAAGGAGCCUCAGUUCCUUCCUGCAGGUGUAUGUCCCCAUUAGCCCAUUAAGGCCCUCAGGUUGUCUAGGCAACUGAGAGGGGAGGCCAGGCUGGGGUAGAUCCAGGUGCUUCAGGCAAAGCAGAGGAAAGGCCCAAAGCAGGUGCCGGUGGAGACAAAGAGCUAAAGAGCUGGGCCUGCCCUGGACCCGCUGCUGCUUCCUGCUCUCGAGAGCCUUCUGUCCCCUCAGGUCCAUGUCCCAGCCAUGCUCCCUGCAGACGUGCCCGUGGCCCACUUGAAUCCUUCACUGCUGCUGCUGCUGCUGCUGCUACUGCAGCUGCUGCCCCCUGCAUCCUCCUUCUUCCCCAACAUCUGGAGCCUCCUGGCUGCCCCCGGGUCCGUCACCCACCAGGACCUGACCGAGGAGGCGGCACUCAAUGUCACCCUGCAGCUCUUCCUGGAGCAGCCACCCCCGGGCCGUUCCCCGCUUCGUCUUGAGGAUUUCCUGGGCCGCACCCUUCUUGCUGACGACCUCUUUGCUGCCUACUUUGGACCUGGGUCUCCUUCCCGGAGGUUCCGAGCAGCCUUAGGUGAGGUCUCCCGUGCCAACGCAGCCCAGGACUUUCUGCCAACAUCCAGGAAUGACCCUGACCUGCACUUUGAUGCUGAGCGGCUGGGCCAGGGGCGCACACGCCUAGUGGGGGCUCUCCGGGAGGCCCUGGUGGCGGCCAGAGCUCUUGACCACACCCUGGCCCGCCAGCGCCUUGGGGCUGCACUUCAUGCUUUGCAGGAUUUCUACAGUCAUAGCAACUGGGUGGAAAUGGGACAGCAGCAGCCACACCCUCACCUCCUCUGGCCUAGGCAGGAGCUCCGGAGCCUGGCACAAGUGGACGAUCCUACCUGCUCUGAUUGCGAGGAGUUGAGCUGCCCCGGGAAUUUGCUGGGCUUUACACUCACCUCUGGCUACUUUGGAACUCAUCCCUCCAAACCUCCAGGGAAAUGUAGCCAUGGGGGCCGUUUUGACCAGAGCAGCUCCCAGCCACCACGGGGAGGCAUCAACAAGGAUAGCACAUCCCCAGGCUUCUCUCCCCAUCACAUGCUGCACCUCCAGGCAGCAGAACUGGCCCUUCUGGCCUCCAUCCAGGCCCUCAGUCUCCUGCGAAACCGGCUGGGAGACAGGGGUUUCUCCAGGCUGCUGGACAUCAGCCCAGCCUCCAGUCUGAGCUUCGUCCUAGACACCACAGGCAGUAUGGGUGAGGAGAUCAAUGCUGCCAAAAUCCAGGCUCGCCACAUUGUGGAACAGCGACGGGGCAGCCCCAUGGAGCCUGUCCACUACAUCCUGGUCCCUUUCCAUGAUCCAGGGUUUGGCCCUGUCUUUACCACCAGUGACCCUGACAGCUUCUGGCAACAACUCAAUGAGAUCCAUGCCUUGGGGGGUGGAGAUGAGCCCGAGAUGUGUCUGUCAGCCCUGGAGCUGGCUCUGCUGCACACACCUCCACUCUCAGACAUCUUUGUCUUCACCGACGCCUCCCCCAAGGAUGCCUUUCUCACCAACCGGGUGGAGUCCCUGACUCAGGAGCGGCGCUGCAGAGUAACAUUCCUAGUGACCGAGGACCCAUCGAGGGUUCAGGGCCGAGCUCGGCGUGAGGUCUUGUCGCCUCUGCGUUUUGAGCCCUAUGAAGCAGUGGCCUUGGCCUCAGGAGGAGAGGUAAUCUUCACCAAAGACCAGCACAUUCAGGAUGUGGCAGCCGUUGUUGGGGACAGCAUGGCUGACCUGGUUACCCUUCCCCUGGAACCUCCUGUUGUGGUGUCUGGAAGGCCACUUGUGUUCAGCGUGGAUGCACUGCUCCAGAGGGUCACAGUCCGGAUCCAUGGGGAGGUCAGCAGCUUCUGGAUCAGGAACCCUGCAGGGGUCUCCCAGGGCCAGGAGGAAGGCGAGGGACCUCUAGGUCACACUCGCCGCUUUGGGCAGUUCUGGAUAGUUACCAUCAGUGACCCCCCACAGACAGGGACCUGGGAGAUCCUGGUCACAGCCGAGAGCACACCCCGGGUGAGAGUGCAAGCCCAGACAUCCCUGGACUUCCUCUUCUACUUUGGGAUCCCCGUGGAAGAUGGCCCCCACCCUGGCCUCUACCCCCUGACUCAGCCAGUUGCAGGCCUCCAGACCCAGCUGCUGGUAGAGGUGACAGGGCUGGGCUCCAGAAGCAACCCUGGAGCUCCUCUGCCGCAUUUCUCUCACGUCGUCCUACGAGGGGUCCCGGAAGGUGCCGAGCUGGGCCGGGUGCCUUUGGAGCCCACGGGACCGCCGGAGCGAGGUUUCCUCGCGGCCUCGCUACCGUCCGCACUUCUGUCCGCUGUGGGACCUUUCUCUCUGGAGUUGAUUGGCCGGGACGGAGAGGGGCAGAGCCUGCACCGAGCUGCUCCCCAGCCCUGCACCGUGGUCCCUGUCCUUCUGGAGCUCAGCGGCUCCCCGGGAUUCCUGGCUCCAGGCAGCAAGGCCCCGCUCAGCCUCCGCAUCGCCAGCUUCUCAGGCCCUCAGGAUCUCGAUCUUAAGACAUCUGUCAAGCCCAGCUUCGCUCUCACCUCCAACCUCUCCAGCUUUGGGCGCGAACCCUGGGCUCUCAACUCUUCAAGAGCUUGGGCCUUCAGCCCGGCUGACAGGGUUCGCCUGGAACCAAAUGGGUCCGUACUCGACAGGGUUCGCCUGGAACCAAAUGAGUCCGCCUGGGGGCGCCUGUGGUUGGAGAUCCCGGACUCAGCGGCUCCAGACUCCGUGGUGAUGGUGACUGUGACUGCGACAGGUCCAGAAGCCAGCCCAGUGCCCCCGACCCAUGCCUUCCUCCGGCUCCUGGUGCUGGCCCCCAUCCCGCAGGACCCGCUGGCUGCCCCUGCCCACUCAUCUGGCCCUAUCCUCGCCUCCACCAGCCCUGCCUCCACCUCGGUGACUCGGGGAAGGGCUGGGGGAGGGCUGGUGGGCAACCCCUGGUGGGGCACAGUUGGAGGGGUGCUGCUUUUGCUAGGCCUGGCCUCCUGGUGACACCAGAACCCCUAGAGGGAUGUGCCUGCAGCGCUAUUUUCAGUCUGGCCCCACUGGUGAGAAGGCAACCGGGCCUUGGGACCCGACCUCUCCCAGCUGGGAUGGAGGUUUUCCUUCUCACACACUUGUCCCUCCCUUUCUUUGUGAGAUUGGGAUAGAGGGCAAUGGACUUUCCCACAAUGCACUUUCCCCAACCCUGCUGGGAACCAAAGCAAAUACUCCUUUUUGGAGAAAAUUGGCCUCUAUUUCUCUGUAGCAAAAUCUCUUUACUCCACUAUUUAUUCAUGCUUUCCUAAGCUCAGGUAGAAGGAAAGAUAUAUGGGGAGGAGACUAAAGUUGAGAGUGGGGGUUUUAUUUAUAGAAUUGUUCUUACUUGAAAUUCUGAGGAAGCUCCUAUUUUAUUUUUGUAUUUAAAGCUGAAGGACAGUUUCAAUAAACAUGUCUUCUCUAGAGAGGGAUUUCAAAGAAAGAUCAUUUAUGCAGAUCACUUAAGGGCGAGUGAGGGCAUAAGACACCAAGCAGAUGAAAUGAAGUUUUCGGUUGUGGAGAAGAAACUUUACACCAAGAUGUUAGGACUUCAGUUGGCCCACCACCUGGAGCCAUUUAUCUGUUAAGUCAAGAAGCAGAAUAAGGAGACUGGGAGUUCU